ACUCUCUCAUCAGGGCUCCAUGGCACGCAAGGGUGACAGUGGUGCUCAUCUCCAAAGUUUCACGCUCAUGGAGCCGGAGAGUGAGAGCGCGCUGGUCCGGUCUAUCUACUACGGUAAAAUCGGUAAGGGGAAAACGGAAAGGUUGCUGGAGAGGCAUGGUAGAGAGGGGAGCUUUCUCCUGCGGGACAGCGAGAGUCUGCAAGGAAUGUAUUGCCUCUGCGUGAGAAAGACACCGUACGUCCACACUUACAGAAUCCACCACUCCUCUGAAGGAUGGACACUUCAGUUAUCCCCUGGGCAGAUGCUGCAGUGUUUCGGGACUCUGGAGAAGCUGAUAGAGAGCUGCAGAGCGGGGGUUGGUGCUGACAGCAUACCUCCUCUCACACACCCCCUGGACAAAACACAGCUGAGAGACCAGAGGCUGCGGAGCGAGACGGCCUAUAUGGAAAUGUGA